ACUCUUACUCUGUUGUGUUCCUCUCUUUCUCUCUCCAGACAAAGACAGGCUCCCUGGUCAUUCUCAGGACGGGUCACCUCAGAGCACAGCGUCCACUAAGGAGGUGGCUCAUAUCCUGGAGGGGGACCGCGAGGAGGGCCUGCCCUCCAUCGAUGAGACCCCCAAGACCCUGGAUGACUUCCAGGAGCGCCGAGCGCUGGCCAUCGCAGCCAAGGCCCGGGAAAUAGAGAAGGUGUACCGACAGGACUGUGAGACGUUUGGCAUGGUAGUGAAGAUGCUGGUUGCUAAGGACGCCAGUCUGGAGAAGCAGCUGCAGACGCCACUCCGAGAGAACCUGGGAGAGAUCAGGGAGCGUUGCCUUGAUGACCUCAAGCACUUCAUCUCCGAUCUGGAUGAGGUGAUUGAGGUCGUACGGCAACCGGAACCCUCCAUCUGAGACAAGACAGCCAAUCACGUCCCAUCUUACUGUAAGGGAGCCAAUCAGGUCCUGUCUUAUUGUUGGGCCUCCAGUUUGGGCAUACAGUGAGGGCAGGACUCCCAGGAGUCUGCCAUGUGUUAAGACUAUGGAUAUCUUGAGCAGUAUUGGCCCCAUGUUUUUCCAUCUUUCUGGGUUUUAGGCCAGAGAUGCACCACAUCCAGGGGACCCAUAUGUACUGAUAAUGUCCAGCAAUCGUCAAAAACAGUGUUCAAAGUCAUGUUCAGCUACUUACUCACCACCCGAUGAGGGUAUUGGUUCUACAAUGUCCUUAACUAGUAGAAUUGGUAUGUCAAUUUAGGCUAAUAGUUCAUCUAGGAAUUACAGAUUUUAAAACUGUUAACCAGCGUAAUCAUAGGAACGGUCAUCAGUGUUUUUACUGAACUGGUAAUCUAAUGGUGAAGAGUGCCGUGUUAGAGGUCAUUAUCCACUGGUACCACAAACAAUCCUCAGCAAGUAAGGUCCAGUUAAGAAGCGAUGUCUUGUUUUAUGAACUCUUCCUGCUCUCCUCUUUUCUUUAGUAUUUGAAAUGUUAAUCGACUGGAUGUUCUACUCCAACCAGAAUGGUCCUGGCCUGUUAUGUGGGAUUUAGAUGUUGUGUUUCUUGACAGAAUGUUGUAUUCACCACCAGUGCUAUUUUUCUCAACAACAAAACAGAAACACUUUCUAAAUGUCCCAGGUUCAAUUCAACUUUCUAUAUGUGGAACUGACAUGUCUUUGAUGAUUUGUGAGAAAAUGAUUUUUGAGUAUAACAAUAAUAAUAAUAAAGAUGAUUUUUUUUUAUGUCAA